UCUUCAUUCUUACUCAUUCUCCCCUCACACUCUAUCACUUAGCAACCAACCAUAUUCCUUUUGAUCUUUUUCAUCUUUUAAUGUGACUGAACACUCUCACCAUGUGAUGUUCACUCACUACUCAUUUGAUGACUCUACAUUCUCCAACUUAUUACUUUACAUAGCCAAAAAACAAAGACACACACACUAGAUACUGUAUUUUCUAUCUUUUUGUCUGAACUCCAGAUGAACUGUUUUACUAGGAUCACAUUCUGCUUCUGAGGCUAUGUCCCAUGUUUCAUGCUGUUAAUAAAUUGUGCUAGCUUGAACCUUGAACUUUUCGUGAGGCGCUCUGUAUGUACACCAACAUCCUCAACUGAAGUAAAGACAAAGAUACUAGAGAGUUCAGCACAAGUUCUUCCAUGCAACAAGUCUGAAAUGAUUCAAAAUCAGGUAACGAAACCUGUUGCCGUGCCUAAAACAACAUCUUUGAGGGACAUUUUGAAUCAAGUAGAUCAUGACAUUGGAAUAGAAGAUGAGAAGGUACAAAAUUUGGAAGAGGAUGAUGAUGACGACGACGGUGAUGCUUUUUCGGAUGCGGUAGAAACACUGUCUUCAACAGAAUCAAUAUGUGUAAGUGGUUUGGAUAAUUUGGAUGCAAACAAGUGUAGAACAUCUUCUAGUGAUGAUAAACAAGCUCAAGACUUCAUGAUGAACCGCUUUUUACCGGCAGCAAAGGCGAUGACAUUGCAACCUCAUCAACAUGCUCCAAGAAAACAAUCUGUUUUGUUGGAACAGCCUAGUACCAAAUUGGUUAGUGAAGAAAAGAAACUCUCUGUUAAUAAAAUGCUAAUCACCGACAUUAUACCAUACUCUGGUCAAUAUGAAGAGGACGAAUCAGAAUCAGAAGAAGAAAAAAGUGACCAUGAAACUGAUGAUUAUGCAAAUAUAUCAGCUAAGGGUUGUGGAUUAUUUCCUAGUUCAUGCAUUAAGAAUUCAUUGUGCUUAUUGAAUCCAAUGUCCGAGACAAAAACAGACAGCCAGAUUCCCUUGUGGUCUUCCUAUGAGAUUGAAAAACCUAACAAAAGUUCUCACUUUAGCUCUUCUAGAUCAGGUCCAACCAUAAAGAAGGCUUGGGAUGCUAUUCAUAAAAGCAAAUCAAGCUCUGGAGCUAGUGAAUCAAAGAGGUAUAAUACUUACUCAGGUGAACCGAAUCAGAUAAGUAGACUCGCUUCAUUUCGUCGGUCAGGAGCUGCUGGCGUAUCUUCUUUUGAAAGUAAUUCGCAAUCUAUGGCUGAGAAUAAUCAAUCUAAAAGAUGGAAAAUCCCUAGCCAAGGACAUGGAAGUUUUCAAGAGGUGCAAUCACAUGGAUCCAGAAGAAGUUCAAAUUCAAGGAUUAAGGCUAGAAGAUUAAUAACUGAUCAAGAAAAUAACCAAGAAUCCAUGUCCUUACAACUUGUGCAAAGUUCACUUGACAAAGAUACAGAGAUCAACAACAAGCAAAUUGUUGUAGUUGAUGAUUCAGAAAAAACUGAUCCUAAAUGUCUUAUGCACCUUCUUUCUCCGCCAUUGCCAAAGUCACCUUCUGAGUCGUGGCUUUGUCGCGCCUUACCCUUAGUUUCUUUCAAGAAUUCACUCGCGUACUCGAGUCGUGGAACACAACAAUCACAUACUGCUAAAAUGACAGGUUACAGUAGAGCAUCCAGCUUUAGCAAGUGGGAAACAAUAGUGAAAACUUCAAAUCUGCAUCAUGAUCAUGAAUGCUGUUCCCAGGAACUAACCAUAUAUAAGUCUCAACAUUCAAAAUCUUAGAGAUGGAAGUUCCUCCUAAUGGUUUUUGGCAUGACAACAGAAGAAUACAUAUCUUAAUUGGUGAUCAAUAAAAAUAAACAAAGUUUCUUUUGGAUGGAUUCAAGAUUUCAUAAGCUGUCCCCAGAAGUACAUAUAUACUAAUGUUGAGUGCUGCUAUUCUUGCUUCAAUGAUCUUAUUUGAUUCUUAUAUCCAUUGUACACAUUAAAUAAGAAAAUUCUUUUUCUCA